GAAAUUCCAUUUGCUCUCAAACAUGGCUGUCGUCAUUCUAGAAAGUGCUGGUGUUCAAUUGAAUAUUGAUCAUUACAUCAACAUCGUAAAUUCUAGUAAAUGCUAGAAAUCCCAGGAGUCCGUCAAAUUAAGUAUAUAAGGUAGGCUCAAUCUCUGAAUAACCUCUCGUCUUUCUUCUUCAUCAGUACAACAAUCUUCAAUACAGUUUCAUGCAAUCUUGUUAUCGAACAACUUCAAGACUUCCAGUCGCAACAACUAUCAAACGAAUUCUCAAACCACAAACAACCACACGCAAAAUGUCUUUCUUCCCACGACACUACAUCACAAACGACACUUCUUCCUUCCACCCUCUCUUCCGUCUUCUUGACGACUUUGAUCAAUACAGCAGUGGCCGCAAUGACAACAACUCUCACCACCGCCGCAGCAAUGUCAUGAAGACCUUCACCCCCAAAUUCGAUGUCAAGGAAGCCGGUGAAGUCUAUGAACUCCACGGUGAACUUCCAGGUAUCGAGCAGAAGGAUGUCGAAAUCGAAUUCGUCGAUGACCAAACCCUCACCAUCCGUGGUCGUACCGAGCGCUCUUACACUUCCGGUACUCCACCAGCCGGAUUCGUCGAAGAUGCACCUAAGUCUGGCGCCAUCACUGAAGGUGGUGAAACCGAUCACAAAGACAAGGCUCACCAACCGACCGUCGAAGAUGAAGACGCAUCAACUUCAGCCAGCACUGAAGCCAACACCCAAAUUACCAAGGCCAGCGAGCAGAAAAAGGCCAAGGAACCUGAUCACAAAUUCUGGGUCUCUGAGCGUAGCAUCGGUGAAUUUUCCCGAUCUUUCAGCUUCCCAGUUCGCGUCAAUCAAGAUGAAGUUCAGGCCAGCAUGAAGAACGGUAUUCUUAGCAUCAUUGUUCCAAAGGCUAAGAAGCAAGAAGGCCGCAAAAUCACCAUUCAGUAAAUCGUUUCUCUUGAUUUAUCUGAUCACUUCUAUGAUAUUACGAAUGCAUUGAUGGAAGGAAGGAAGGCAGCGAGGAGUAUUUUGGCACUGGCAUUUUCUUAGCAAUGGAUUAAUUAUGGUGUUUUAAGGGGGGGGAAGGCGAAGGAACUGGCAGUGGUAAUGGAAGAUUUGCUUGCAGGAGGAAUUUCAUGGUACUUUACUACGAGUUCGACUUGCUCUUUCUUUUGCUUUGUUUACUAGCACUAAUCCUAUGUACUUACAUAAAACAUAAUAAAAAAGAGCACUUGAUAUCAAAAUAAACUAUCUGACCA